GAGAGGGCGUUAAAAACCUUUGUAGAUGUCGCUCGCAACAGACGCUAAAAUCUUUGUUAUAUUGGUUAUAUUUACAUCGAUGUUGACACUUGUCAUUUAUUUCAUUUACAAAUUGUAAUUAUAGUUUGUACAAUACGAUAAUACAAACUACAUGCAAAUGAUCAUAAGUAUCAUGCUUAUUAGAAAUUUUAUGCAAAUAUGUACCAGUCAUAAAUAUAUAAGUAUAUGAUGAAGAAAUUUAUAUGUGUCACAUAUGUGUAAAUAAAUUUGUUGAGUGCAAUGGCAUUCUCAUUUCGAGCUGGCACUAAUUGGUGUCAUGAUUUCCCAAAACUGGCAAGAGAAUCAGGAUUUUAUUUUAACAUGCAUGGAUCUAGAGUCCGAGUUGACUGGAAUCGUAUAAGUGCUAUAGAUAUAGACAGAGUUAUACGUGAAAGAGAUUUCUUGACCAUUGAUGCAAACAUCAACAAUGUAGUAGAUUAUUGCUUGGAAAGCGAGUACGAUGUCAAGAUCUUAGAUCCUAACUUUGUUAAGUUAUUCAGACUUGCACAAUUGUCAGUUGAAUAUUUAUUAUAUUGCAAGCAAUAUUUAGAUCAUAGUGUAAUAAUAUUAAAAGAUGAGCUGAGACAGAAAAUAGAACAAAAUGUCAGUAUGAAGAAGGAAGUUGCUACUUUGGAAGAUACUUUAAAGAACCUAAAGGAGAGAUCAAGGGAAAAACGUAAAUUAAUUGAAACAAGUUUUGGUGAAAUGGCCAGCGGUGAAAUUUACAAGUGUCCACAUUGUCCAAAAACAUUUGUACGUGCUAUAUUUGUAAAUGCUCAUAUAGCACGCAAACAUUCAUAUAUAUCAAAUAUUGGUGUAUCCACAUCUCCCGCACAUGAGCAUUAUCGGGCAGAAACAGAGAAAUUGCACAAUGAAAUAAAGACAUUGAAAGAAAGACUAAAUCAAACUGAGAGGGUGAUAAGAAAUGAAUCUGAUAAAAUUUUAGAUAAUACAGAAAAGAUGUAUAUAAAAAAUAAUAGAGGUGAACAGGAUAAAGUGGAUAUGUUUCAAGAGCAAAGGCGACAUCAAGAAGAUAUUGGAAAUUUGAAGAGCAUGUUGUUUGACGAGAUACGUGCAUUGAAAGAGAAAGAUCACACUGUGAAUGAGAGUAUCUUGGAAACGAAUGUAAAAACUUUAAUCAGUCAACAAGAAAAAGAGAUUGAGGGUUUAAGAAAUCAACUUCUUGAAAGGCUAACUCCAGAUGUGGAGAAUAUGCAAGUAAAGUUACAAACACAAGAGAAUUAUUGGAAAGCCAAAAUAGAAGAUAUGGAAAGCGCACAUCAUCGGGAUAUCGAAAGACUGACCACGGAACUGAAAGUAACUCAGCAAGUAGCCGAUCAUAUAAAGUCGGAAUAUUCAGCUAAGGUGCACGAUUUAGAAAAGCAAUCUAUGGAUCAAUCAAAUAUGUUGAUAGAACAAAGAAAGCAAUUAAAUAGCUUGUCACGUGAGAUGAGUAAUUCACAGACACAGAUUAAUAAUUAUAGAAUUAGGGAAAAAGACAAAAUAGAAAAAUUUCAUGAAUCUCCUAUAUUAAGAAUAAAACAUGAUAAUAGUUAUAAUAAUAGCGAAACAUAUCAUAAGAGUUCAAAUAGCAUUCGAAAUGGCGAGAUGGUUAUCGAAGAUAUUGGUAGUGAAUGUAGUCAAGACAAUGACAAAUCAAUCGCAAUGCAAAGCAAAUGUGUGCCUAAUAAAAAUGAUACUAUAGAAAGCAGGAACAAUAGAAAAUUCAUCAUUGAUCUCAGUAGAACUACGGAACAUGUGACUGCAAUGUCGAAUCUGAGAAAUUUAGAGAGAUUAGAUGUUAGAAAAACGAAAGAUAAAAUAAAACACUAUAACACAUUGGACGAUGAGAAUGAAAUAAUUGAUUAUACAAGUAAGAGCUUUACUUCCAAAGGAAAUAUUCCCACUAAUGUAUAUAAAAAGUAUGCAGAUAUAAAAAAUGUUGAAAGAAAAAGGAUAUUGCAUAAUGAUAUGAGAAAUAGCAAAAAUUCCAAAUUUCUGGAAAAGCAAAGCGUCGUGAAUUCUGCGACAGAAUCUGUAUCUUCAUCAUCAAUGUCGGAAUCGGAAUCUGAAACUGAAAGUGUCACGGCGGAUGAUGACAUUGUGAUAGAAAAAUACGAAACAUCUGUAGUUAAGUCUUCCAACGCGAAGAACUUAUCGAUAGAAGAGGAGGUGCAAAUCAUGUUCAAUAAUCGAUUGAGAGAAUUGGGAAUAGAUCCGGAAUGGCGAGGAAUACCCGCGGCAACGUUUAAGCAAAAGAUGGAGAUCGUAAAGCAUCAGCAAAAUAUCAACACCAAAAAGUUAGCUUGGUACGCUCAAAUAAAACAAACAAUACUGGAAGAUCUUUUUCAGAAAAUAUCAACAAAUCAUAAAGAAUCAAAAUACACUAUGCUCACAAAACAUUCUCCCUUUAACAAGCUAAUCCCUCACACCAAAUCAAAAGCUUUAAAAGCGUUUAGCGACCAUAAAAAUAAUGACGAAUCUGUUCAAAAGACAGAGAACACGACGCCAUCAAAAUUACGUCUAAAGCAAAAGAUUGAGCUUCUUCCUAAAAAAUAUAAAGAUAACGAGGCAUUUGAGAAUACGCAUGAAUCGCCAUCGAAAAGAAAUGGAAUAGAUGGUUCUACUCCGAAAGUGACUCCUACAUAUCCAAGAUUGAUGCGAAAUAUUUCUUCUUCAAGUUCUAUUGAAUCUGAAAAAGAUAUAAAACAGAUUUCGUCUACAAAGAUAACUGUCUCGGAUAGUGGCGCGCGUAAAAUAAGUUCUCCGAUUAGCAGGAAACAAGUAAUAGCGCCAAAAUUUGCCGAAAAUAAUGACUCUGAUAGUGCGAUUGUACAGCAAGAUGAUUCAAUUUUGUCUCUGAUGAAUAAUAAAAGCGUUCUGAAGCCAAUGAGUGGUUCAGUCGGUAGCUUGGUAAAGAAAAAAGUGUUGUUCGAUUUAGAGGAUACAAAAGUCGACUUUGAUGAUACAACGAUACCAGAAAACGAUCAAAGAACGCAAAUAACUGAUGAUGAUUGGAAUAUCUCAAGCUUUCCUGAGAGAGACGAAUAUGCAUUACGGAGACAGAAGUCUAUGAGCACAAGUAAUAUCAUUCUAAAAACGUCGCAAAGCGACAAAAUCGCUGAAAUAUCAAAGAAAAUACAAGAACAGCUAAGCAUAGCUAGGAAACCACCCGUAGGAUCGGUGGAAACAAUCUUCCGAUCCAGCACGAAUUUGCAAGACCUAACAAAUUUUAAUGCGAACAAUCGAUUAAGUUCGAGUCUCACGGGUACAAUUUCUGAAAGUCCUUUGCCGAAUUUCACAAGUACAAAUACGAAGAGCAGCGUAUUUCCGCAACCUGCUCCGCGAACUCGGAAAGACACAGAUCUCACUGUUCAUCGUGAACACGAAUUGAAAUAUUCUGAUUUGGAUUCAGAUAUUGACGAAAUAUUGCAGAUGGAAUGAGAUGUAUGUGCAGUGUAAGUUAUUAUCUUUAAAUUAUUAUUUUGAUUUUUCUUUUUAUACUGCUGACGUUACAAGUUGAACAAACUUAAUGUAUAGUUUAAUGUACAAUUUUUAUAUGUUUUUGUAUGCUAGAAUAAUUUAAAAGUAUAUAUUUAUGAAUGAAUGAACAAAGCAUACUUAUUGUAUAUAUCUAUCGAAAUAAUGCAAUCUCAGGAUAAAAUUAACGAUUUUUUGAGAAAAUAUUUUAAGCACAUUAAUAAAAUGUU